AGCAACUGGACCGCAUCGAGGAGGGCAUGGACCAGAUCAAUCAGGACAUGCGGGACGCCGAGAAGAACCUGGAGGGUCUAGAGAAGUGCUGCGGUCUAUGUGUGCUGCCCUGGAAGAGAUCGAAAAACUUUGAGAAGGGCUCCGACUACAACAAGACGUGGAAAGCUUCCGAGGAUGGCAAGGUGAACACGAACGGCCCGCGGGUUAUGGUGGACCAGGGCAACGGUGGCGGGCCAACCGGCGGCUACAUCACCAGAAUAACCAACGACGCGCGAGAGGACGAGAUGGAGCAGAACAUGGUGGAGGUGAGCGGGAUGGUGGGCAACCUCCGCAACAUGGCCGUGGACAUGGGCAACGAGAUUGAGUCGCAGAACCGGCAACUGGACCGCAUCAACCAAAAGGGCAUGUCCAAUGAGACGCGCAUCACAGCAGCCAACCAGAGAGCCACCAAACUGCUUAAGGAGGCUUAG